AUCCAAGGCCGGAGGGAUCACAUGGAGGACAGGUUCGAAGUAAUCACCGACCUGGUGAACAAGACUCAUCCCUCCAUCUUCGGGAUAUUUGAUGGGCACGGAGGAGAGGCAAGUGCUCAACUGGAAAAGGGGUGGGGGGGAGGAUGAUUACAGGAUGAGGAGCGGACGUGUCCUUGCCUGUAAGGUUCGAGUGGUUAUCUUGAGACAUUGACUGAGGGAUUCCUCUCCUCUUUGGGGGAGCGGGUAGGGGGGAAGAGUCUCUGAAUACAGAGAGAGGAAGGUACUCCAUUUGCUUUCUCUUUCAUUACCACUUUCACAUACAGUGUAGUGUAAAUGUGUUUGUACCCUCUCUGCCCUUUACAGUAGUAAAGGUUUAAUUAAAGUAAAAGCUGUUGAAGGUGGCUCCUACGUGCACAGAAUAACGAUGAUGAGCACAAACUCCCUGGAGGCAUCUUUUGUGAGCACGGAGUGUGGUGUGCUCUGAUUUUGGCCAAGGGCUGUCAGGGGCUGUGCUUGUCAGCAGUGCUUCUGAAGGAGCAUCCUGCGUGUGUUCAGCCUCAGAGCUGGGCUGUGUGUGUCUUCUCUGUGAUUCACCCUCCUCUGAAGACUAACAAGUCAUGGAGAAUGAGUUCCAUGUUUAUGAAUUAAUUUUGUUAAACCAAUAUGUAUAAUUGUGUUUCAUGCUUGUCCCCUUCCUAGUGGCGAUCCAGAAAAACUGUAAUUUUGAAACUCGUGGUGUUUAACCUCUUAACUUUUUAGAUAGCGGUUUCCUUUAGGUUGUGCUGUGCAAUUAGUUUUCUUUCAUAGUGUAAUAUGUCCUUUAUUUCAGACGACAAAUGUCGAAACUAUUGUUUCCUCUUCACUUAGGAUUGUAGUGCUGCCAGUUAGCUUUUUGUAUAGCAGAAAGCAUAUAUUUCAUAACUGCGGCAAAGAAAUGCUGAAGAGGAGGAGGUUCCUUGUAUGACAUUAGCUCCAGCAUCCAUUAUGCAAGGAAUGAAAUUACCUUAAGGGUUUUGUUAGGAUGAUGGAAGCUGGAGAGGAAUGCUGAAGUUUUUCAUGUGAGUGCUCCUGCUGAGAAGUAAAGCUGCAUGUGCUAUACAGUAGGAGUGCUUGGGUUUUAAUCCAGCUGCUUCCACAGGUCAAGUAUCGAGUCCUUCCUAGAAGCUCUUGGGCAGUGACCAGAUACAGGAGCACAAAGGUGGCAGCUGCUGUCCCUCUAAACCUGUGAAUGCUUGUUGAAAAAUUCAGGCCUUGGGCGAAUAAUCAUAAAGCUUCUCUUGUGUUGCCUGCACAGCUGUAAAGUGAUAAUGCUUUUUUUGCAAUGUCUAGUCUUUUACCCCCUUUAAAAUAAAGCCAGCACUUUGGAUAUUGAAUAGCGUCAACUUCAUAAAAAUUGUGAUUGUGUUUGAACUCUAUUUUCCUUUUUGUGUCUGUUUUUGCUUGGGAUGCAGUUGUGCCAACUCUUAUUGGCAAACUUGUGACAGAUCGCUGUUCCUUGGCCUUCGAGGAAUAGUAGUAGAAAUAUGUGUAUAUAUCGCAAACUGAAACACAUCUUCUCAUCAAGGGAUAUAACUUCUGGUCUGUGAAUUUGGUACAUCCGGCUCUUUUGUUUUCGGAGGCUUUGGGCAGGAGGGAGCUCGUGUUCUGUCUUUUGCUGUCUUCCCUGUUGUUUAAACCCAGUGUUCCUGUCUCAAAACAAGUCUGAAAGAAUAUGUGUCCUGUUUUUAAACAGUAUUCUGAGAUUGUUACCCGUAGAAAUACAAUGUAAACAGUUAAACUUCGGCAUUGCUAGAGAGAGAUCUGAUUUCUUUCUUUAAUUUGUAUCAUCUGCAUAUCUUGAUCUGCAUUUGAUUGCCCACUCAGUGCCUCUAAUAAUCCAAAACUAACACAAAAUAGCAAAAGGAUAAGAAAGUGCCCUAUGCAUAUAUGUGUGCGUAUAGACAUAUAGAUAUAUUUUGUCAUGGAGCUUGAAAUUACAUCCAUUAGAACGUUAGAAUUGUAAUACCAGAUCUGUGGAAAGCUCAAUUACCUCAAUUAUUUUGAUUCCCCAGGGAACUUUUUCUAAUUGAUUCAGUGGCCAAGUGUGAGGAUUUCUCUGAGGCCUGCUGUUAUGAAGGGUUUUGUACAUCUUUCGCCGAGCCUCACUGAAGUUAAUAUUUAUAAGCAUCACUUAUUUAUCUUUCUCAUAAAAUCCCCAGAUGAUCUUAGUGGCCUUUUCUCCCAUGAAAAAUAAGUAUCUGAUCAGUGGGGGCAUCGCUUGUUUCUAGUUCUAGAUAAAACUGAUUGGGAGAACAAGACCUGUGUGCUUUGCAUACAGCAAAAACAGAUUACAUAAAGUAGUGUUUUAUCUAAGCGAAUCAUAGUUCUCAAUAGAAAAGAAGGGAAAGAAAUGAAAUAACAAAAUGAAUAGUCUUAUUUAAUCUGUAGUACAUAAUAUUAAAUCUCAUGUCUCCCUUUGAACUUGUUUUCUGGAUGCCUUAUUUUUAUCUUUUUGUUUUAAAAAAAAAAAAGAAUUACUUCAUGUAACACUUCUCAUACAUAAGUAGUAAAGCCUUUGUGAAGAUGAUAUUUUUGCUCUGGGCUCCCAUUAAAUAUCUUUGUGUAGUAGAUAAAGAAGAAGGAGAUGUUGAUCUCUAGAGCUGAAUGUGAAACAAACAGUUCUACGUGCAGGAAAAAAAUGGUUUUCCAAAUGGACAAUGCCAGAAAUGAAAAGCUAGAUUAAUUCUUGCCAGCUGUAUGCAAGGCAACACGUCCCCGUUAAUUACUUCCUGCUGCAUCAGGUUGAAGUAGAAGGAGAGAAAAGCAUGAUUCAAGUUAUACAAAUGACUGCGUAGUGCUAAUUUACGAGGAUAUCCAAGUUUUGCUUAAAUAUUGCCAACUCUUUGCAUAAAUUCUACUUUUCUCUUAUGUAAUGUGCUCUUCCAUCUUACAGUUUUAUCCUGAAUAGGAUGACAGUCAUUGACUUAAACUUUGUGGCUGACUUGAUAAGAAAGCAAUAGGCAGCAAUUAUUAUUAAUGCACUGUUACAGCUAAGAAUCUGGCGCACUGCUGCGAUUGCUUGCUAAAGGGAAUAACGUUUUAGAGGUGAAACGAUGUAUGGUGUGUAGUGCGCUCUUCUUUUUAUACAAAGUCAGGUUGUCUUUUUCUUGACAGCUGAGUAAUCACGAUGCAGUGUGGACAGAGGCAAAGAAACAGACUUAGGAAGAGUGACAAAAAGUUUUGCCCUGUUGUCUCACUGAGCGACUGGUGAAGGGAGUCCCGAAUGUGACAUAACUUAGAAUCAAAAGAGGAAUGAAGAAAGCUUUUGUCUGUUACCUCCUCAGCUUCUUUAUCAGGCUGAAACAUGCCUUGCAUGUAGGCUUUGUUAUUGUUCAUUUUCUCUGUCCGUGGGGCUGUCUGGACUGAGGGACUGAGAAGUAGCAAACCAGAGAAAUGAUAAAAUAAUUUUCUAUGAAUUUGAAAGCUUUGCAGUUAGAAGGAAAGGGCGCUUUACCAGAAGGAUUUAACCAUUUCAUCUGUGACUUACUAAAGGUUUUUUUUUGUUUGUUCGUUUUGAGAUAUUUAAGGUUUAAGUGCUGAGUUUUAGCUGAGAUCUCAGUACUGGACAAAGGUGAAGCAGUUCACCAUCUGCAGUUUUAUGAUUGUGGCCAUGCUGCAUAUCGUGUUAUCAACCCUAGGAGGUGAUGACUUUUAAAAUGAAAGCACUAGAUAGGACCUUAAAUGCCACCUGUGCUUGUUUGAGGUUGAAAACUGAUGUGGAUUAGCUGAAUGAGAAGCUCAGUAACUCUCAUAAAAGAGAGUAUUGCCUUUUUAUUUUUCUUAACCUCCUGGAGUGUUCUUAUCCACCUGGAUAAUGGCACAAUACAACUGGUUUAGAGAGCUGCAGAUACAGUGUUGCAGUAUGUGAAAUACUCCUUAUUUAUAGUGCAGGAAGCUCAAAUGUGCAAGUAUAGAAUUUGCUGUAUACAUGGCUAUGUUUUCAACCAUGCACUUCUAAAGCUAUGUGGGCCAUGGGACCUUGAGAUCAGCAGCAUGAACUGUUAGCAGUAAUCUCUGGUUACUGAUUAACUUUCAAAGACAAGGGGGGGGGGGGAAGGUAAGAAGAUAAUGGCGAGUCCUUAUUAUUUUUGUCUGAGCCCAUGGAAAUGUGAAUGCUGAGGUAAAGCCUGGAGAAGGUGGCCCCAUGCCAGCUGUGUGCAAAUGAGCCUGCUGUGCAUUUGAAGUACAGGUACUUGAAAGCAUGAUGAAUCCGCCCUGAUUCACUGGGCUGAGCUUGCUGCUGUGCGCUCUCUUCUUGAGGACUGCCUCAACAAACAAGUUGUAGCGAGGUUUCAUUGGGAGUGAACUUCUGGAGUACUGCAUGCUUAAGUCACAGCUCACGUAGUGUUCUCGUUGAACAGGAGCAGGAUGACAUAGCCUCCAAUGAAGGGGAACUGUUCUUGGGUAUCAUGUUACAGGAUUAUGAUUUUCUGCCAAGAAAGCCACAGUUAGUCAGCAGCAGAGUAUGUGAAGUCCCGCCUGCCUGAAGUCCUGAAACAACAUCUUCAGGACUAUGAGAAGGACAAGGAGAACAGUGUGAUGUCUUAUCAGACCAUCCUGGAACAGCAGAUUUUAUCAAUUGAUCGAGAAAUGCUGGAAAAAUUGACUGUAUCCUAUGAUGAAGCAGGUACAACUUGUUUGAUUGCGUUGCUGUCAGAUAAAGAGCUCACUGUGGCCAAUGUUGGUGAUUCGCGAGGCGUGCUGUGUGACAAGGACGGGAAUGCCAUCCCCCUGUCACACGACCACAAGCCCUACCAGCUGAAAGAGAGGAAGAGGAUUAAAAGAGCUGGUGGAUUUAUCAGCUUUAAUGGCUCCUGGCGUGUUCAGGGCAUCCUGGCCAUGUCCCGCUCGUUAGGAGAUUACCCUCUGAAGAACCUGAAUGUUGUCAUUCCUGACCCUGAUAUUCUCACCUUUGACCUGGACAAACUGCAGCCAGAGUUCAUGAUCCUGGCAUCUGAUGGUCUGUGGGAUGCCUUCAGCAACGAGGAAGCCGUCCGAUUCAUCAAGGAACGCUUGGAUGAGCCACACUUUGGAGCAAAGAGUAUAGUUCUACAGUCGUUUUACAGAGGAUGUCCCGAUAAUAUAACAGUGAUGGUGGUGAAGUUCAGGAAUAGCAGCAAAACAGACGAACAGUAAUUACCAGUGGUUCUUUGCCUCACCGAACUUAAAACAAACUCUUACAUUUUAAACAUAGUGGAAAGCUCUAGUAAAUACCAUUAAGAUUCCACACAGAAAGAACAGAUUCCUCUGGGCUUUGUUCUUUGCUUAACAAAAGGAGCAAUACAACAAAUACAUUUUGUGUGAUGAUAAGAAUUAAGUUUCUUCACAAGCAUCUGUCUCCUGUGACCUUGCUGCUCCUUAGAAGCUAACUGUAAUCUUUCAUUUCAGAACUUCCUUUGCAAAUCCCAUGUAUGCUUUUCAUUUCUUACCUCUCCUUUCUAAUAGAGGUUCGUUGAGAUACACAGCAGGGUCAGGGCAGUGCUGCUGCUCAAUAGAAAGUGAUAGGAAUUAUGUUGCUUUUUCACUUGUAGAUGUGACGUUUCAGAACAAUGUUCCAAUGUUUCUCAUCUCUUUUUUAAUCUGCAGUGAUAAGGUUGUGUUGGAAAAGGUUUUUAAUUGUUGGUCUGUUAUUGAUAUGAAGGAGGAAAAAGAGCCAACUACUAGCCUGCUGUCACAGAACUGGCUCUCGCAUUUUUUUUUCCCACCCUCAAUUAAAUAAAUCCCUGCCAAGCAUGUGAUUAGGUAUAGCUACUGAAUUACCUGAAGACAGGUUUGUUCAGCCUGUGCAUUCCUUUAAUAACGUUUAUUCUAUGCCAUGUUGUAAUGUUAAGCUCCAUCAAAAUACUCCGAAGUCUGCCACCUUCUCUAUCAAAAAAAUAGCUCUCUUGUGAUGGAAGAAUGAGUGCCACUCACUGAGACCCUCCUUCCUGUUAGGUUCUUGGCAUGGACUUUUCACAAAGUCUGAAAACAAUGCAAGAUAAAAAAUUAAUUUCAUUAGUGAGUAUUUGUAAAACUCAUCUAAGCAGAGUGCUCUGUAGAGCUGCCUAGAUGGAAGUCGUGGCUACGAAAAGACUUCGUACCACUGCAGAUUAACUUGUGGUUUUAAUCUGGGGGAAGACCACUUUAGGACUUAUUUUUGGUAUAGAGUGUAAAUGCCAGGCAGUGUAAUUGCACUGUUCAGUUGAAGCUUGUGAUUAAUCUAGAUAAAAAUAUUUUUGGAUCUAACUUUCAAUAUUUAAUUAUACUUUGGAAUCUGUGAUUAUUGUCUAAGCUGUACAUCUGAUAACUUAGUUGGUCACUUCACAAACAAGUGGCAGCAGUGGUGGCGUACGGGACAUGUUUUAGAGGAACACGUCAGGGCCUGAGGUAGAUGUUAAUAUUUUGGGUGGCUUGCUUCCCUGUAUCGUGUCCCCUGGGAUUCCUUCCCUUCAAAACAUGAUCCUCUGGAUGAUCCACUGCAGUCUCUUGUCUUCAAGGUAAUGGAGGUUCUCAGUCCUUGGGGUCUGCACUAAAGCAGGGAUAUAAUGUGGUAACUGACGCUGUCUGUUUCUUGAAUGAAGAUGCACAAUCAAUUAGAUGAAAAACUGCCUUUUGCUUAUCACCCACCUAGAGUGUUUUCUGAGAAAGGGGCUUGCUGGUCUCAAAUACUGCCAUCUGUUGUGGUUGUGCUGGGCAGGUAUGAUAUCUCUCAAGACAGAAAUGAAAGAACACAAAUUCUGCUUUCCACUCAAGAAAGAAUUCUCAUCUUAGUCUUUUCGGUUUGAUUUCUAGAUCAUCUCUUCCCUAACAAGCUUUCUUUCUUUAGUUUGUUUGAGGAUAAUCACAGAUCUCAAUUGGAUGUGUUGCCACUGACAGCACUCUUCCAACCGUAUGCAUGUCCUUACAUGUAUACAUUCUCUCCUCUUCUCCUUCAAAACUGUGAGUAGAAUUUUUUGGCUCUGAGUAAUGGUUAAUGCAUGCCAGUGAGAAACAGAAGCAUGAAAGCGUCCGGCGUGCUCCGAUACCCCCUGUGCCGAUCCCUCCCCGGAGGAUGGAAGGUUUCAGAUGUUUCUAAUCGCUUGAACAGGACAAACAGCAUUCAGUUAAUUUUAAAUGCAAUUCUGCAGUUAAAUCAAGUGGGUAACAGGAAAUGCUAAUAAUUGCAGAGUACUUCAGUUAUUUCAUUUUGAAAGAAGCAUUUGAGGUCAAAUGCUGCGAAAUGAAAACCUUGUGUGAUAUUUUCAUGGGAGUGCUUCAUCAUGGACUCAGUAAUGCUGCAGCAGCAGUAUCAAAACUGUGCUCUGGGCAGAGCUCAUGGUGCGUGUAGCAUUUGCCUUUCCUUUCUCCUUCACAGAUGAUGUUUCUGUUGCACUGGCUUUUCUUCAUAGAACAGAGACUGGAUGUUUGUCAAACAGCUGCCCAGGGAAAAGAAGAAUUAGAUGUAGCAGUUCACAGAAGUCUAAAGCUGAGAAGUUUGUACAGCUGCUACAAAUCCCUUGCAGGCAUUUAAGAAGUUGGAAGCAGAACAGUGGUCAGCUCCAAGAAAAAAAUUACAGACUAAUGCCACUUCAGAGAAAAGAUUCUGGCUGCCAGUAAACCUGUCUCCAACUCACGUUCUCAAGUUAUCAAGUAUUGCUGAGGAAUUGCAGACCUUCUCUUGAGCACGGCUAGCCCUCUGGUUGCUCUAUUGAGAUAGAUGGGAAGAGAAAGUGAUGGGAAAUAGGUGUGUUCACAGACUCUGGAAGCUGCCAUGAGGAAGCUGUGGGACAGUGGCACACUCUAGGAGUAAAGUGAGCUCUUGCAUGGCUUGCUGAAAGGAUUUAAGAAAAAGCAGAGUACAGUACAAAACUGUUUUGCAGACUUUAUUCACUCACAUGGCCGCCCAGUCAGUUAUGAAACAGCCCCAUUUCUACCUCUGAGUGUUUGCAGUUGCAACAGCAGUCACUGUAGCACCUUUAAUUUUCUCUGCAACACUCCCACCUCUGUAGUAGCUCCCUUUCCUGGCUGAAGGUGUUCAUACCAAUGACCUCUCGUAAGGCUGUUGAUAUUUCUUAAUUUUUUUUAUUUUUUUACUUUAAACAAAGCUAGUUUAGUGGGCACGGUGGUGAUGGGUUGAUGGUGGGACUAGAUGAUCCUAGAGGACUUUUCCCACCUUUAAUGAGUCUAUGAUUCUAUACUUAGAGCUACUUUAGGUUUAAAAAGAUGAAGGACUAAUGAAGACGACAGGCUUUGUGCAGUCUUCCUCAUAUGCAGUGCCUACCCAUGUUACUCAUUAGAAGUCUUCUGAGAAGCUUGCUAAUCUGGUUCUAGCUUUCCAAUCAUGCUGAUUUGUGCCAAAUUCUGUUGUGAUACAUACAGCUGUUGGAUGACAAGAUUAGCUAAUGUAAAUACUGCUGUACAGCCUGAAAGAUCCUCCACUGCUUUGAUAUAUCCCAUCUAUCCUAUAUCCUACAUCUGGAAAGAAAUAUCCCCGCAGUGUCAGAGCUGUGCAACAGAACGUGGUCCGGCAUUGGAGAGGUAGCAGUUCCCACACGCCAUCCAGUGCUGCUUUCCUGCCUAGGCUCCUGCCCAAGGAAGGGAUGCACAUUUUGGUUAAAGUGCCCCACAUACGUCUCAGAGCUCCCUGAUUCUCAUGUUACAUGUUUGUGAAAGUCUUGAUGGUUAAGCCAGAGUAGGUCCAUCAGUGACAUCUGUUCUUCAAGCAGGUGCUGAUAUAUUAAACUGCUGUCAAAGAGCAUCUUUCAUAUGGUCCAAUCUGAAAUAAAGAGCUUAGGCUCUUAGUGCUACUGUAAACUAUCAGUGUAACUCCUGUGAUAGAGAUACUGCCAUGUCGUGUAUCAUUUGGAUAACAUACUAGUGCGGACUCAGAUAGGCUGCUCCUUCCAGCAAUGGCAGGGCUACCCGCGUGGCCGUUUGUAGCUCCCCGUAGCAGAGGGAAUCCCGCGGCGCUGCCAGCAGCGGGCCAGCCGUGCUCUCACAGCUCCGCCCAGUGCAGGCAUCGGCACGUGAGCCCAGCAGUGCUUCCCGAUGCGAACUGCUCUGGUAGCACAUUUGGAAAACGUGAUUUCAGACGGCACUGUGCCUUGUGCACAUGUUCGCUGUAAGGUCCUACUUAAAGACCACAUCAGCCUGAAGUAACAGUGCUUGCUACAUUACAUCACCUCUGAAUAUAAGACACCCUCACUUUAUAUGCUAUUAAUCUAUCACUAAUGUAUCUAAUAAUUACUUGAUACAGAGAAACAUUUAGUAAAUGCUUGUAUCAAAGAAAAAAACCCCAGCUCGUCAGCUUUCAUUCUAUGCAGUAAGUUUUUAGGCCUCCAUCCUGCAAUCUGGCCAUACAAAAUUGUGAGAUUAAAAGUUAGAAGAUAUGGUUUGACAACCAUACAGACCAGAGCUGCUGCCCUUCAGUGCUGUCAACGUAUAACUUAUCUUUCUAAAUCUGUGGAGUCAUAUCAAUGAUACCUAAUAAUUUAAGUCAGUAUUGAUUUGAAUCUUGAGUUACUUUUAUUUGUAUAGUACCAACAGGCUCAGGUAAGCAGCAGUUCAAAUCCAGUUUUGCCCUAGGUAACUGUGUCCUAGGCAUCACUUUGUCUCUGGUUAGACAUAUGUUUUAGAUAUAUUUUGCUCUGUUAAGCAAAACAUUUGCUGCCAAAGCAAUUGAAUUUUGUCUAAAACCAUAAAUAGAAGCUUAUGUCAAGAGCAAAUCUUAACUAAUGUUUUGAAAUCCACUUUUAUGAGUAGGUUGGCUCCUAUAUCUGAUACUAAGGACGAACUCUGAACUAGUUGAGCAAUAGGGAAUUGAAGGACUUGGUCCUGUGCUUAAAGGACUGGCCAUCUUUUAAGCCUGUGGCGACAAUUAGUACUUCUUGGGACAAAGAUGCUCAGCAAUCCAUUUCAGCCUGUAUUCCACCAAGCUAAACAAGUAACCAGUUACAGUGUUUCAGAAAUGUAAACGUGGGACUGUCAAACAUUGCUCUGUGGCAUUCCCACACUGUAGUCAGGGGCGUGAGAGUACUGCAGAUGCACUUUAACUGCACGUGCUUUAAUCUUGGAAAUCAUAACAGUCACGAAGUCGGGCUGUACAGGCCAGCAGUCAAAUACCUGCUCAGCACCCCAGCAAGCACAGCCGGCUGUGCAAAUGCCUCUUUCACUGUGCUCCUGCUGCUGUGGGCAAGUAAGCUGGCAGGAAGCAGCACAAGUUUGCUCCUGUGCAUCUGCAGAUGGACUUGUUGGUGAAAUAAGAUUUGCACACCAGAACUGCCAAGGCCCAUGUGUGAUUUAUAAACUUCCUCCUUUCAGUAAGAAAAAUUUAGUUACGUUAAAAAAAUGUUUCAUUUGGAAGAAGUUUUUUGGAGUUCAAUUCACUACAGUGCUCAAUGAUAAAUUGUUCCCACGCGCACAAAGUGGGUAUGAAACACAAGCAGUGGUUAACAACUACUUGAUGUACAACUGCAAUGCAUGCUUACAAAUUUCAAACCUUUACCACAUCCAAUUGUAACAAUCACUGCAGUGUUAUCCACAGAGCUAACAGGGACAGCGCCUGGAGAAACAGCUGUUAGAACUGCACUGUGCAGUGUUAGACUGAGUGACUGCAAAACCACUGCUACCCACAGUGGUUAGAAGUGCUCUCAAAGAACAAUCAAGAAAAACUAAUUAGGAAAAUGAACUGCACAUUGAGGAUUCUGUAAGGGCAGUGCAGAUGUUUCAUAGAGAAAAGCCUGCAGAACAGAACACACAAGAUAAGAAAAUCACAGUGUUUAAGCAAUUUGUCUUAGUGAAGGCAGCUUCCAUUUAGUGUAACAGUGCUGUUUUGUCUUAGAUGAGAGCCUCUUCAGGCUUCUUUUUAACAUUUUUUCUCUCAAAGCCAGAAGUGUUUUUAAGAUUGCAUCUUCACUGCAAGCCCACAGGAUACUGUGCUUUACUCGUGCUUUAAGGACCACCACAGACAAAGCAUUACUGAGAGGAGCAGAUAGGGCUUCAGGCUGUCAUCCCAGGUCGGGCUGCAGGCUGGGACGCACAGCGACACGCCAUCGUCACUCCACUAUAAAAAAACCUCAUUCAGGUCAUUGGGAUUAAUGCUGCCUGGAAAAUUAACGUGCUGCGUAGCAACUGUCAGAAGGCUGGAGGUAAACAGCGCUUAGAGACAGAAACUGUCCCAGCAAAGGUCACCCGGGGUAAACACUGUAUUUUUAAAGGCUUAUUUUCUUGGAGGACAACUAAGUAUCAGAGCCCCAGUGCUGCAAGUGCUCUAGUGAGCCUGCUUCGGCAGGGGGUUGGACUAGAUGAUCUCUGGAGGUCCCUUCCAGCUCCUAUAGUUCUGUGAUUCUGUGUGACUCUGUGUAGCUGUACUAUAAAACACAUUUCCUCCUACAAGUUGCAAGUUUAUACUGACCAGCUGAGAAUCAUCUAACAGCAUUGCAAAGAGAGUAACUACAUUGAGAAAGUGAUUUUUAGAAACCUGGUAUAUAGAUUGGGGGGGGGGGGGGGGGGAGGGGGGGGAAGGUGUUCUGUUUGCUUUUUACAAGUUUAGGUUUCUUUAGAAUAAGGACUCAGUUACACAUAACCAAGAAACAAAGUAUCUGCCUAGCUUCAUUUCAACUCUGUUUGCUUUCCUUCUUACACGGAGCACUUGCAUUCGGAUAUGGCAAUACACAGUAACUGCGGUAAAACUUUCUGCAGUCUGACGUACAUCAUCUCUUUCCCCAACACCUCUGCCUUAAGCAGUCUGUAGACAAAGCAACCCAAGUGGUACACAUCGGCCAGACAAAAAUAGAGAUGAAAAAUGGGGAGUAGAGCUCUGCCACCCAAAUGCCUUUGGCAUGUCUAACAUAUCUGGCAGACAGAUCAGGAAUUCAGUGUCAGUCUGAUUAACCUCCAGUCAGUUUCUAGUUUAAAUUUAAAAGAAAUAGGAUAAAUUUGUAUUAUUUUAUUGUGCAUCCAGAUGUUGAGCUACUUACAGUGAACUUGCAUUGAAGUGUUUUAGUAGUAACUAGACAAUGUAAAAUGUAGAUGUUCCAAACUAAGUCAUCUUAAUGCUGAACCGACUACAGGGAAUAAGGCCUCUGAAUCUGCAGCACCUGCUUAAUCACUUACAUUGAACUUUAUUUGGGAAUGCACACAACACCUUGAACCAUUUGGACUUAUGGACUCUUCUGAAACAAUAUACAGGAUUGGCAAUGUACACUGUAAGCUCCUCUUGCUAUUCACCCAGAAGCAGUUUCCAAACAUCUUUGUCCAAUCAAUUAUUCCACUUUUCAAGAUAGAAAGCCCCCAGUUUUCAUAUUAAAAUCACAGUUCCUUGGAAUCCGAUUUGAAUAUGGUUGAGACACUUGUGUGCAUAAGAAUCUUAGGAUGUGGAAAAAAAUUAGCCUAUAGUUUAUGCUUCAUUUUCAGUAAAAUGCUCUAAGCAGAUGCUGUGAAAUUUGCACCCACCACUGACUUAAAUACUGACAUUACCUCACAACGGUAAGCUUUUUUUUUUCUUUACCUCUUGCAUGGCAGCUCACACCAGAUUCUCUCCCCAUACUUGCUUUAAGCAGACAUGUGAUCUUAGUUAUGCAUUGUUACAGUCUUUUAAGCAAUAAUAAGGUUGGGUUCAAAUAUGAACCGUAUCUGAAAAUGAGUUUUUACAAAAACUCAAGCAAGAUUCAGUAAUACUUUACAGUGCAACUUUCUUGCAGAACCGAUGUCAUCUUAAGUUACAAUUUCAGGUGGCAUAAAGAGAUCGCUGUUAUAAACCUACACCUGAGAAAGCAGAAGCCCUGUAGUCUAUGAUCAGCAUUAGCAUUCUGGAACACAAAUAUAACAAUGCUGGCUUGGUGACACGCACACUUUUACUGCAGUACUGUGCAGCCAUUUCUUCACCACAGUCAUUUUAGUCUCACCAGGAGCGCUGGCUGCUCUCCCUACCCAGCUGCUGAAGAUUGCAUAGUCUUUCACAGUCACAUUUUUUUUUUGGAAGAAGCAAUACAAACAAUACUGUAGUGUCAGUGUUCUCAUGAGAAACCAUUUAUUUCUAAACAUGUAACAUGGCAGGCAUAAAAGCAAAACAAGAAGGGUUUUUUAUUUCCAUGUAUAAACAACCAACAGACAAGUUCACACUUCUAGCAGAGCUCCUAGGAGCUGACCACAGUGCUACCACCAACCAACGGAGCCCAGACCCAGAGGAACAGCUGCAGCUUCCUCUGUUUCAGGAGCCACCUAGCAUUCUUUCCUCAGUUGUGCAAUACUGUAUCUUUAGCUAUUAGUUUAACAACAGCAACAGCAAAAUCCAUUUUUUAAAAACUUUGACCUUCUUGGCAAACAUUCGUAUAACACUGAAGUCUGAAAUACUUGUCUAGACAACAUUCUCUCCAAGACAUCAUUUUUGUAUUUCAAAAAGUAACGUCCUAUAAUUCCAUCGCAAAACCAUGUACAGUUAUGGAAAAGACAGAAAAAGUCAAUACUGAUCAUUACCACAAUGUAACAAAAGCAUUGGUGAAACCUCAGUCUGGGUACUGGAGGUUUCUGCACCUCUUCUAAUUUGUCUCUAAGAGACUAUCUGAAAGACAGCCAAAUGUAAAUAUGUCGUAACACGUUAGCUAUAGAACAAAAGGUGGCAGUGCUCUGUCAUUCUAGAUGUACAGGAUGUAACUACAGUAUCUUCACUGUGUACUAGAUGUGUCUAGGAUAAUUAUGUUCAUGCAAUUGCAAAUUCUGUAUUGCCGUCAAUUAAAAAGUGUAAACUACUGAAACCUUGGCCUUGCUGAUAUGAAUAAAGUGGUUAAAAUACCCAUCUUUACAGAAA